AUGCCAUUUAUUUCGAAAGACUGGCGAUCGCCAGGCGAAGAGUGGGUAAAAACCCAAGAAGGUUGGGAGAAGAAAAAAGUGUUGGAAUGCACCAUGCAGAGAUAUCCCGAUAUCUCUAAUUCUAAUAACAUAGACGAGAAGCAACAGAAAUGGACACAAGAAGGAGAGGGAGGGGACAAAAACACAACAGACACGGUUGCCAGAGUGCCGCCACACUGUCACAUCACAAUCAAAUGCACUAGAGAGAUCGCAGGAUUCAAUGGUCUAUCGGAAGCGGUGCGUCGGUUGGAUUUCUCUUCGGCGGUGCGAGAUGUGCGCAGGUUCAACUACAUCUGCGCCCUGCUGGAGCUGCUGCUGGGCGGGCAGCGACUGACGCACCUGCCCGGUGCAGCGCAGAAGUUGCUCCUCUCUAUGCUGGAACAGCUCGCUGAUCACGUGGCGACGUCGAAGCAGAACCCGAACGCGCUGCGCGCGCUGGUGGGCGGGCUGGCCGCGCUGCGCGAGGCGGAGCGGCGCGCGUGCUGGGGCCGCCCGCUCGGCUCGCGCGCGCUCUGGCGCCACCACGACCGCGCCAUCGCGCGCAUCACGCGCACCGCGCAGGCCGUGCGCAUGCACGAGCCAGGACCAGAGGUAGUGCCAAAGCUCCAUGACCUUCCCGAAGAGUGUAUCAGAGAGAUUAUGUUAAGGAUAUCGGACCACAGGGAUUUAGACGCCGCCUCAUCGGCAUGGAGCGUGAUGGCGUCAGUCUGCUCAGAGCGACGGGUCUGGCGCGAGCUUGUGAUGUUCCAUUUCUCGCAGCAGCAAAUCAACACCGUCCUGGGUAAAGAGGAGAAGGACGUCGACUGGAAGAAACUCUUCCACCAGCUCAGGAAGUUGUACGGUUUGCGGGAAGAUGCCCAGUAUGCGGAGACUCUCUCCCUGUGUCGUCACUGCAAAUGCCUGUUCUGGCGUUCCCUUGGACAUCCCUGUAUAGCAGACCAGUGUCCGGAAUACCGCGAACGGCUGAAGGAAGCCGGCGGGCCUCUUCCGCCGCACCCGGUUCCGCCCGCAGCCUUCCUCAAAUUCUUCUCUCUUUAA